UGAGUCAUUCACUUAUCACCGUCAAAGGCCACCAAAGGCCGGGCGGUGAAGCGGAACCUCGCUGUAGGGCGUGCCGGGGAGUUGUGCCUGUCCUCCGCAGAAAGUGCCGUGCGGAGUAGUCAUCGCGCAUUUAAAAUCCGUCGUCGCCCUUAUCAUCCCUCCCCCCAUUCAUUGCAUUGGCUGACAUACCUCAUUCGGCAAUGAAGUCCCUUCAGCAAUUGACUCGCCGCAAGGCGCUGGCUGGUCUUGCGACCCCUCGCCUGGCUUCACAGACCUUCGCGUCCCAGAGGCUAUGGCAAAGAAACUUCGGCGUGACUGCUUCCGCCGCUUCUCAGCUUGCUGCUCUGGAUGCCUCGAAGCUGUCCAUCACCAAGACCACGACUCCUAAGGAGCUGACGCCGCCGAAGGAUCUGGUCUUUGGAAAGUACUUUACCGAUCAUAUGCUCACCGUUGAGUGGACCGCUACUGAUGGCUGGCACUCCCCUCAAAUUGUCCCCUACCAGAACCUCAGCCUGGAUCCCUCCACAUGCGUCUUCCACUACGCUUUCGAGUGCUUUGAGGGAAUGAAGGCAUACAAGGAUAAGAAUGGAGGAACCCGGUUGUUCCGUCCCAACAAGAACAUGGAACGCCUGAACAAGUCUUCUGCGCGCAUUGCUCUCCCGACUUUCGACGGCGAGGCUCUGACCAAGCUGAUUGGAGAGUUUGUGAAGUUGGACGACCGCUUCAUUCCGGAUGCUCGUGGCUACUCUCUUUACCUGCGCCCUACCAUGAUCGGUACUCAGAAGACUCUAGGCGUCGGCCCUCCCGGCUCUGCUCUGCUCUUCGUCAUUGCCAGCCCCGUGGGCCCUUACUACCCUACCGGUUUCAAGGCCAUCUCCCUCGAGGCCACUGAUUACGCCGUCCGUGCCUGGCCCGGUGGUGUUGGUGACAAGAAGCUUGGCGCCAACUACGCUCCUUGCAUUCUGCCUCAGCUCGAAGCUGCCUCUCGUGGCUUCCAGCAGAACUUGUGGCUCUUCGGCGAGGAAGAGUACGUGACCGAGGUCGGCACCAUGAACCUCUUCAUUGCUAUCAAGAACAAGGAGACUGGCAAGAACGAGCUGAUCACUGCUCCCCUCGACGGUACCAUCCUCGAGGGUGUCACCCGUGACUCCGUCCUCGCCCUUGCCCGGGAGCGUCUCGCCCCCAAGGGCUGGGAGAUCUCCGAGCGCAAGAUCCGCAUGUCUGAUGUCGCCCAGGCCGCCGAGGAGGGCCGUCUGAUUGAGGUCUUUGGUGCUGGCACCGCGGCCAUCGUCAGCCCCGUGCGCAGCAUCAGCUACCGCGGCAAGCUUGUGGACUGCGGUCUGAAGAAGGACGAGGAGGCGGGCGAGAUUGCCCUCCAGAUGAAGAACUGGAUCGAGGGUAUUCAGUACGGUGAUGAGCCGCACGAGUGGAGUUACGAGAUUUAAUCGUCGACAAAGUAGAUUCAUAAAGAUGAAGGCCGGGCGUCCGUAUUGGGAUAUACUUUUAUUACUGCUCAACUGACCUUACCUUGAUUCAAUGCAUCAUCGCAUUUGUUUUAUUCUCAAGCAUUGAUUUCAUACAAAAGCUCCGAGAUACGAUAUAUCUUCUGACUGUGAUUUCAGAGAUGUCUCAAAAGGCGGUCUUCUCUAUAUAUUUCGGGUCCUUCAUACAAAUGGCAAAGCUUUCGAGUCAAUACUUAAAAAUGCGAGCAAAUUGUAUAUUUACGGAAACCAAUGUCCAAUCUCCAGUGGGCUAUCACAAUCCUCCCUCUUCAAGAACUUGUGGCAGUAAAGAUCUGUAUUUUUUUUCAACUUUCGAAGCGUCUUUCA